AUUCACCCCACGCGACUCACCCCCUGUCUUUGUCUCCCUUUCUUAUCACUCUACGCUCAAAUCAUUAACCAGCUAUAAUGGAUAGGAUUAAAGAGAGACUCGCCAGUCUGCGUGCUGAGGCGGAUACCGCAGUCGAACGUGCCGAGGUAGCAGAGAAGAAGACCAAGGAACUCGAGCAAGCACUGCUGCAGAAGGAUCACGAAAUCGGAUCCCUCCAGCACCAGCUUGGGCUUGCCCAGGAUGCGCUCGAGAAGGCGGAGUCGAAGUUGUCCGAGACGAAGGGCGCAGCAGAGGAGGGAGAGUCGAACAAGAAGACGAACGAGAGCUUGACGAGGAAGGUCCAGUUGCUUGAAGAGGAGCUCGACACCGCCGAGAAGAACAUGAAGGAGACUGUUGAGAAGCUCCGGCAAGUUGAUGUCAAGGCGGAGCACUUUGAGCGCCAGGUUACGCAUGCCGAGCAAGAGCGGGACCAGUGGGAGACAAAGUAUGAGGAAAUGCUUGCCAAGUACAAUACCUCCCAGAAGGAGCUCAACGAGCUCGUGGCGAGCAUGGAGAGCCUUUAAACGGCACAUCUACGUAUACACACCCACGCCUUUCACGAUAUCGUCUUGCCUCCUUCUGCCCGAUCCUCAUGCUACAUACCUACUAAACUCGAUAUGGUUUCUUUGAUGCUGCUCGGAUGUGUAGAUAAUCAUUACUGAAAAUUAAGUGGUUGCUC